GGCCGCCGCCCAAGUCUCCAAGGCCAUCCCGGUCGAGACGCAGCAUGAGGACAUGAUUCAUGACGCCCAGCUUGACUACUAUGGCAAGCGGCUGGCGACGGCAUCCUCAGACAAGACAAUUCGCAUUUUCAACACCGUCAAGGGCGAGGCGAAGGGCGAGCCCGUGGUGCUGAAGGGACACACCGCUCCCGUCUGGCAGGUGUCCUGGGCACACCCGUCCUUCGGGUCGAUCCUUGCGUCGUGCUCGUACGAUGGACGCGUGUUUAUCUGGAAGGAGGUUGGCCAGGGUGCGGGCAAGAGCAGUGGCGGCGAGGUGCAGGACGGUUGGGAGCGGAUUAAGGAGCACACACUCCACUCAGCGAGCGUGAACUCGAUUGCGUGGGCGCCGUACGACCUCGGACCGAUUCUGGCGUGCGCUAGCUCGGACGGCAAGAUCUCCGUUCUGACUUUCCAGAACGACGGCUCCACCGAUGCUGUUAUCUUCAACGCUCACGGCUCCGGCGCCAACGCGGUGUCCUGGGCACCCUCUGUUCUUGCCACUCCCUCCGUGCCCAAGCCGGGGCAGCCACAGCAGGCUGUAACUUCUGCCAAGCGCUUCGUCUCUGGCGGGAGCGACAACGCCAUCCGCAUCUGGGGCUUCGACGAGGCCGCCAAGAAGUGGGUCGAGGAGGAAGAGAUUCAGGAGCACGACAACUGGGUGCGCGACGUUGCGUGGGCACCCAACAUCGGUCUCCCCGGGAUGUACAUUGCAAGUGCAAGCGAGGACCGCACAGUCAAGAUCCACACGCGCACCUCGCAGGAUUCGGCGUGGCAGAGCACGGCACUUCUCCCGGGCGCACCGGCUUCAUCCGACCCGCACUUCCCCGCCGCGGUGUGGCGCGUGUCGUGGAGCAUUGCAGGCAACAUCCUCGCGGUCAGCUGCGGCGACGGCAAGGUGAGCCUGUGGAAGGAGGGCGUUGGUAAGGGCUGGGAGUGUGUCAGCGACUUCUCCAGCUAG